AUGCAUUUCCAGAAGCUCGCUAUUGUCUUUGCCCUUUCUGCCAUCGGUCUUGCUCAGGACGUUGACCGCGACGAUGUCCCCCAACAGUGCCGCCAAGUUUGCGAUUCAGUCACCAGGCUGACACGCGACUGUGACAACAGCACCAACGACGACAUGGCCGAGCGCCAAUGCAUCUGCAACGGCCAAAACGCAAACACUGCCGUUCCCCUCUGCGCAGCAUGCAUCAUGCAGAAUGGAGGAGAGAUGGACAAUGACGUAAACGACAUCGUCCGUGAAUGCGCCUUCACCACAACGUCCUACAACCCAUCCGCCGCUUCUACAGCACCCCCGGCUUCUGCUUCCGGUACGUCUGCCGCUCCGAACGCUUCGAACGCUUCUUCCAGCGGUCCCGGUCCCAUGACAAGCAUGUCAGGGACUGCUUCGCGUCCUUCUGGUAUGCCGUCUAACACCGCUUCAGCGACGGGUGCUUCCGGUUCUGGUGGUUCUGGCACUGGUAACAGUCCUUCGGGUACGGGUGCUGCUGGUUCCGGCGAUGGCCCUGGCAAUGCUGCACCCGCCAACAUGGCUUCUGCGGCUUUGGGACUUGGUGGUUUGCUCGCGGCUCUUGGACUUGCCUUGUAG